AUGUACUGGUUUGUCGUUCUUUUCUUGGCGAGAACUGUGUAUAGCAAUUCGCAUAAUCCUGAUGGUAAGGUCUUCUUCUACUUAGUGAAAGAAACACCUACUAGAAAAAGGAAAUGUUAAGAUUCUAAGGGCAGCUUCCCAAAUCUACCAUGACCUAAUUAACCGGAAGCGGCGGAGUUGAACCUGGAAUUCUCAUACUAUCCCCAGUUGUGACUGCUAGAAUGGGGCUGCAACGGUCUAAAAAAUGUCAGAAAGGGAUUGAGAGAUGUGAAAGACGGAGGAAUUAUUGCUAGAAAAGCAGGCUUAUUGUGGGGACUGAGCAUGAUGAAAUCUACACUGCAGGUCAGACUAAAUAGGAGAGUGACCUUUGACCGUCGGAUUGAAGUCCCAUCCCCAAGCUUUUUUUUUUUAAUAAAAAAUGAAGAAAAGAAUUUUUUUGCAGAUUGGCUAAUUGAGCUUGCAAAACGCGGCUUCGGCAUGUCCACGGAUGCCUUCCUUAAAUCAGUGAAAAAGUUCCUAGACAGGGAAGUAAGAAUUAUACCAUUUAACAGCCAAUCGCGUUCCUCACCAUACCCCAGUCACUUGCUAUGUUUUAUUUCACGAUGAUAAGCUAUAUACAAGGAUUGGAAUCGAUUGCCAGACUACUUUGCAAGUGCGAGAGAAACUUAUAAGUCGCUUGCCUGUCGAAAUUUGUGUACAAUUACGUUGUUCUUGUUGUGCCGGAUACUGGGCAACAUAGGAACUCUACAAAAAUAUUAAUUUUAUCAUAUUAAGGACUAAAUAGAUUUUCUCUGGGCCAAUUUUCACUGCUCUUGUGGCUAACAAAGUAAAGUUACUGCAAUGUUAAACUGAAGUGUCCGGAUACUGGGCAACAUACUGUUGGGAGUUAUGUUGUCUUCAACUUUCACAUGGUCCGACCAUAUUGAGUAUAUUUCAUGUAAGGUUAAUAAAAACCUUGGUCUUCUACGUAGGAUUAAGUAUUAUUUACCUUAUGAUGCCCGGUUACUUUUUUAUAAUAGCUUAGUGCUACCUAUUUUUGAUUAUGCUGAUUUAGUCUGGGGUGACAAGGACAAUGUCUCACUUAUGAAGGAAUUGCAAAUUCUCCAAAACAAAGCAGCUAAGUUGAUAUUAGAUAGAUCACCUCACUCCUCAUCCACCGAUGCAUUGAUUGUCUUGAGAUGGCUGAGUCUUGAAGAACGUAGGAAAUGUCAUCGAUGUAUAUAUGCAUACAAGUGUAUUAAUGGCCAACUUAAUCAUUCUUUGGACAUUGUAAAAAAGAGUGAUAUACAUUCCUACAAUACGCGCAAUAACGAUACUAUCAAGCUCCCCAAAAUUAAAUAUAAUUGGGGAAAACAACGUUCGCGGUACCACUGUUUCAAAGACUUUAAUGAAUUAGAGAGAACUGUAAGAAACUCAGCAAGUUUUCCAAUUUUUAAGAAGUGUCUUUUUUCUGCUUUUUAUAAUUGAGUACUUGUAGUGUGUAUGUUUUAAUUAUUUCUGUAACUCGAUUUUAGCUUGAAUUUUUUUUUUUUUUUUUUUUUUUUAACCUUUUUAUAUUUUAAUUGUAUUAUAUAAUAUACAUCUCGUAAUUAGGACCUCUAUGUAAACCACUCUUGUGAUGGAGCAUCCUAUUAAAAGAUUGUUAUUAUUAUUAUACUGUACGUACAGGUAGUUCUUAUUCUAUUUUUCAAACAGAAUGAUUUUUAGGGAGAUUAAACUUUUAUAUAUUAUCAUCAUCAUCAUCAUCAUUAUUAUUGAUUAUUAUAUUUAUAAACGAGGAGUGUUUUGUCAGAUAUCUAUACAUGUUUUGAUUGUAAUGUUUAUGAUCCCCUUCUCCUUCAUAUUUCAAGGUUUCAAAAGUUUAUUACCAUGUUUUCUUUUCUUUCUUUUUUUUUUCCUAGCACGUGGUAACUACAGGAUUCUCAAUGAUACUGACCGCAAGAACGAUUACCAUACUCUAAAGAGCGCUGUCCACAAAUACGAUGGCCGCUUGCGAGAGGGCUGGUACAGGUUUAUGGGUGCGGCAGGUAGAAAAAUGCCUUCCCAAGUCGUCCCAAUAUCACGCGGUAGGACGGAUGCAACUGGGUGGCUCAGCGGCAGUCAUCCCACAGCGAAUCAAGGUGCUGUCCGACGCAGAGUGUGUUUUCAUUGGGCUGGACGAGAUAGAAGGCGCAGAAAAUAUGAUAGGCCUUGCAUGUGGUCUCGUUAUAUUCGU